GGGCAAAACAAAACAUUAGAAAAACCCUAUUCGCUGUCUACUUGAGAGAGCAGCCUCUGUCUGCUUCUUCUUCUUCGGGAGAGAGUUCAUCAAUCGAUUUGCAAAUCAUGGCGCAAUCUCUGGAGCUUCUGUUGAUCCAGUUCCUUAUGCCGGACAAUGAUGCUCGUCGUCAAGCUGAGGAUCAGAUCAAUCGUCUUGCCAAAGAUCCUCAAGUUGUUCCCGCCCUCAUUCAGCAUCUCCGCACCGCUAAAACCCCUAACGUCCGCCAGCUCGCCGCCGUACUCCUUCGCAAAAGAAUCACCGGACAUUGGACUAAGCUUUCUCCUCAGAUUAAACUUCAUGUUAAACAAUCCUUAAUCGAGAGUAUCACUGUGGAGAAUAGUCCACCUGUGAGGCGUGCGAGUGCCAAUGUUGUGAGUGUAGUAGCCAAGUACGCUGUUCCGGCUGGAGAGUGGCCUGAUUUGUUAACUUUUCUCUUCCAGUGUAGUCAGAGUCUUCAAGAAGACCAUCGUGAAGUAGCAUUGAUCCUUUUCAGCUCUUUGACAGAAACGAUUGGGAACACAUUUAGGCCAUAUUUUGCCGACUUGCAGGCUCUUCUUCUCAAGUGUAUGCAGGAUGAAAGCAGCAGUCGAGUCAGAAUUGCUGCUCUCAAGGCGGUGGGUUCUUUUUUGGAAUUCACAAACGACGGGGAUGAAGUGGUUAAGUUCCGAGAUUUCAUUCCCAGUAUAUUGAAUGUAUCAAGGAAAUGUAUUGCAUCUGGAGAGGAGGAUGUAGCUAUACUUGCUUUUGAAAUUUUUGAUGAGCUGAUUGAAUCUCCUGCACCCCUUCUUGGAGAUUCUGUCAAAUCAAUCGUGGACUUCUCUCUUGAAGUUUCCUGUAAUCAAAACCUGGAAAGUAGCACCCGUCACCAGGCAAUCCAAAUAGUUUCAUGGUUGGCAAAGUACAAAUACAAUUCCCUUAAAAAACAUAAGCUAGUCAUACCAAUUUUGAAAGUUAUGUGCCCUUUACUCGCUGAGUCGUCUGAUCAAGAGGACGAUGAUGAUCUUGCUCCUGAUCGUGCAGCUGCUGAAGUUAUUGACACACUAGCUAUGAACCUGCCAAAGCAUGUCUUCCCCCCUGUUUUGGAAUUUGCUUCCGUGUACUAUCAAAAUACAAAUCCGAAGUGUCGGGAAGCGUCUGCAACAGCUCUAGGUGUUAUAUCAGAGGGUUGCUUUGAUAUGAUGAAAGAGAAGCUGGAACCUGUUCUUAAUAUAGUAUUAGGAGCUUUAAGAGACCCUGAGCAAAUGGUUCGAGGGGCUGCAUCAUUUGCAAUAGGCCAAUUCGCCGAGCAUCUUCAGCCCGAAAUUCUGUCACACUAUCAGAUUGUUCUUCCAUGCCUAUUAACUGCGAUUGAAGAUGCAUCUGAGGAAGUGAAGGAAAAGUCACACUACGCUUUAGCAGCAUUCUGUGAGAACAUGGGAGAGGAAAUUGUCCCUUUGCUUGAUCAUUUAAUGCAGAAGCUUAUGGCCGCCCUCAAAAGUAGCCCGCGUAAUCUACAAGAGACAUUCUCCAAACUUAUAACUCUUUUAUCUGUUGUAAUUUCAGAUAUAUUGGCUGCAGCGCAUGCUAUCUUCCAGAAUCAUAAUGAUGGAGCUGGGAAGGCAAAUGAAAUUCUUGAUACAGUUAUGAAUAAUUAUAUCAAAACUAUGACUGAAGAUGACGACAAGGAGGUUGUUGCUCAGGCUUGCAUGAGCGUAGCGGAUAUCAUGAAGGAUUAUGGUUACGUAGCCAUUCAAAAUUAUUUAUCAUCCCUUGUUGACGCGACGUUGCUACUGCUGACGGAGAAAGCAGCUUGCCAGCAGUACGGAGAAGAUGAGAGUGAUAUUGACGAUGAUGAUACUGGACAUGAUGAGGUCCUCAUGGAUGCAGUUUCUGACCUCCUUCCCGCCUUUGCAAAGUGUAUGGGUUCUCAUUUUGAACCUGUCUUUGCCAAAUUCUUUGAGCCGUUGAUGAAAUUUGCGAAAGCUUCACGUCCGCCACAGGACAGGACAAUGGUAGUUGCUAGUCUUGCUGAAGUUGCUCAAGACAUGGGCCCUCCAAUCUCUGCCUAUGUUGAUAGGUUAAUGCCCUUGGUGCUCAAAGAAUUGGGGUCACCAGAAGCAACCAACAGAAGAAAUGCAGCUUUCUGUGUUGGAGAGCUUUGCAAAAACGGGGGUGAAGCUGCUCUUAAAUAUUUUGGUGAUGUGCUACGAAAACUUUCCCCUCUUUUCGGGGAUUCAGAACCAGAGCUUGCUGUUAGGGAUAAUGCAGCAGGUGCUACCGCAAGGAUGAUAGUUGUUCAUCCUGAACUAGUCCCGCUAAAUCAAGUACUUCCAGUGUUGUUAAGAGGUCUACCUCUAAAAGAAGAUCAAGAAGAGUCCAUGGCUGUUUACAGCUGUAUAUAUUCUCUAGUUUUGGCAUCCAACCCAGAGAUCCUUCCUCAUGUUCCGGACCUGGUUAAAAUAUUUGGACAAGUAGUGGAGUCGCCAGUGGAAAAAGUAGAAGUGAAAGCAAUAGUAGGCAGGACGUUCUCCCACCUGAUCUCGCUUUAUGGAAAUCAGUUGCAGCCAAUCAUAGGUGGCCUACCGCCUUCUCAAGCUAACGUUCUUGCUGCGUUCGCUUCUACUAGUUGAUCGCCCCCAUGUUAUAAUUUUACAUAUCAAAAACUGUCUUCAGUAUUUUUUUUUCGUUUGAAAUCUAUUCUUUGUUCUUCAUGUGAGUCUCAAAUCUUGUUUUUUCAUAUAUCUUAGCAUUUUGGCUUUGUUUCUUUCGUCAGAGUUUUGUCUUCAUUGUUUAUUUCAUUUUCUCCAUUUAUUUAUAGUCGUUCCCAAAUGGUGUUUGUAUUUUGUAUUUUUGACAUUGGACAAUAUUGUAUUUUUUUGGCCUUGAUAAUAUUUGAAGGAGUAUACGUAUACUUA